GUAGUUAUGUCAGGUCGCGGAAAGGGGGGUAAAGGGCUGGGGAAAGGCGGUGCUAAAAGGCAUCGGAAAGUCCUGCGGGAUAACAUCCAGGGCAUUACCAAGCCUGCGAUCCGCCGUCUGGCUCGCCGCGGCGGGGUGAAGCGCAUCUCGGGGUUGAUCUACGAAGAGACCCGCGGGGUGCUGAAGGUUUUCUUGGAGAACGUGAUCCGUGAUGCGGUGACCUACACCGAGCACGCCAAGCGCAAGACGGUGACCGCCAUGGAUGUGGUGUACGCCCUGAAACGCCAGGGGCGCACCCUGUACGGCUUCGGAGGCUGAUUCAGUUCUUUAAAGCGUGAAACGCUUUUUAUUCAACCCAAAGGCU